GUGCAUGUGGAGUAUACACACAUGAGUAGAGCCACGGAUAGAGGAGCUGUGUGUGGACUGUAUAGUAAGCUUGGAGUCUUGCACUGAACCAGACAGAGUUAUGUACUGUGCUCAUCCUGCCUCUGGCACAGGGAACAACUCAUUGAUGUACUGCUACAACAUGAAACCAGUUUAUGGGCAGUCUCCCAGUACUGACACCAUCAACCAGAACUCAUCUUCACCCGCAUCGAGCAAGACCCCCAACAAUGUGUUUGCAAGCACAUUCUUUGAGGGGAUGUGCAAUUCGGCUGACAUCUGGAAUGCCGUAAAUGGCCUGAACCAGCAGGGCUAUGAAGGUGCGCUGGGAGCAACUUCAACCCACCAAACACAGCCGGGGAGCUACAGCAGCCUGCAGCCAACACACAGUCACCUGGACUUCUCUCCACAUUCAGCUGUGGCUGCUGAUAUGAACAGGGGUCUUCCACCUAUGUCCACUUUUCAUCGCAACAAUACAAUAUCACGCACUCCUUCAGUCAACACUGCAGAGAAUUCAACAGGAAGCCAUGUAAAUGUGUCAGGAGCAUCACAGACAGGUGACACCUUGGGAAAAGCUCUGGCAUCUAUUUAUUCACCCGAUCACACCAGCAGCAGCUUCCCCUCCAGCUCGUCUACACCAGUGAGGUCUCCAUCCCCACUGCCGAAUGCAGCUGAGCCUGCAGGUACCAGCAUGUGGCCCCGCAGUUCAGUUCAGGCACCAGUCUCACCACACUAUGAGUCCUCACUCAUAUCAAUGUCUCAGGUGGAGGACCGCCUGGACAGACUGGAUGAUGUAAUCCACGUUCUGAGGAACCACGCAGUGGGGCCCACAGCUGGUCUACUCACUGACAUCCAUGGCCUGCUGAACCAAUCCCAUCAUGGCCACUCAGGCUCUGCCAGCACUGUACCGCUCACCUGUCACCCUCCAGCCACGGUUGAAGCUGUCACAAUGAACAGCAACCACUCAGCCCUCCAGAGCCGCACACAAAAUGGCCACCCAUACCCACCCAGACAGAGGACUACACUUCAGUCUAUUCAAGGAGGAGGAGGAGGUAGCGGUGGUUUAGCACUUCAGAGUAAUCUGGAGCUGAAGAUGGAAGGCAGGGAAAGGGAAGAGAUGAUGUACACCAAUCAUGGCCACAGCUCAGACAGCCCGAGAUCAGAUGAGGAAAGUGAGCUCAAAACACAUGGAGAAAACAGUGCAAGAAACAGUAUCCAUGAGGACGAGGAUCUGAGCCCAGAACAGAAGGCUGAGCGUGAGCGAGAGAGGAGGAUGGCCAACAAUGCUCGUGAGCGUCUGCGUGUGCGGGACAUCAACGAGGCCUUCAAGGAACUGGGUCACAUGUGUCAGCUGCACCUGAAGAGCGAGAAGCCGCAGACCAAACUGCUGGUGCUGCACCAGGCCGUGGCUGUGAUCCUCAGCCUGGAGCAACAAGUCAGAGAGAGGAAUCUGAACCCCAAGGCGGCGUGUCUGCGAAGACGAGAGGAAGAAAAGGUGUCUGCCGUCAUGACAGAUCCACAGUCUGUGCAUCUUGCUUUUCAUCCAAGUCUGACAGACCCAGCAAACCCCAUGGGCCACCUCUGAGCACCUGAUACCCACAACUUAAAGAUUAUCAUCAAGUAUUAAACUCCUACUGCUUCAUAUCAGUGAUCAGUUUAAAUCAUAACCCAAACUAAAACAUGCAUUACAGGAAAACUUUGACAAACAAAAAUGCUGUCAAACCGUAAUGACUUCUAGUAGUUCAAUUCCAAAUAUAGUCAGAAUUUAGUAGGUUAUGUUCAAAGAGAAGUCUUUAUUUUUCUUUUUUGUUAUAAUGACUGUCAUUAUUUCCUAUAUGCUGUUUCUUUGAUGUUCAGAUGUUGCGUAAAGAACAUCCCAGAACCAUCCAGCUGUGUUGGAUGUCCAGCGUUCCCUGUGAAUUGAACCAGUACAGAGAGCUCACCUGCUCUGAUUAGAAAGAGUGAUGCCAUUGAACAAUCAUCUCCUUGCUUCCCAAAAUGGACUUUUUAACUUGUGCCUGAAUUUUACUUGUAGCAGACAAAUGCAUUGUAAACUGCAGAUGUUUUGUACAUAUUUUGUAUAUUUAUUGGUGAUCUUUCUGUUGCAAUAUACCAGAACGGAUAAACUCUGGUUGCUGACAUGAUUUCAUCUGCAGCCUAAAUUUGUCAGAAUCAGACAGGUUUGUGACCAACAUGUCCAGCGUAUCACUAUUUACCACAUACACUUUCCGCUGAGCUCAGAGGAGUGAUAUUUUCACAUAUGUGUUUUCAGACAACAUUUAGUUUGUCUCCUGGUGUGUGUGUGCGGGUGUGUGUGAGCCAUCAUGUGUGAAUGUUGCAGGGGUUUGAGCAUUCUGUGAAUGAACAGAUCUCCAAGAAUGAACUUGUGGCCAUCCUCUGUUGUAUGUAAAUCUGUUAUAUACAGUAUAUUUGUGUUAUUGCACUGUUAACAGGACUACAUGUACAGAAACACUGGUGGACAAAUUCCUCUUUUUCUCAGUGUAUAUUGCUCUUUGGAUGUAGUCUAACUCUUUGCAUUGCAUGUUCGAGUUUUUAUUAGACCAUUAAUUUUUUUAAGUCAUAAGUUAUCUUUUAUACACAUAUUUCGAGCUUACUAAUGUCUUUAGUUGCUUUUGUUAAUGAAUUUACACAGGGACACUGUUUUUGUGCAGUUUACUAGAUGUAGCCUCAUUUUAUGCUCUGAGCAGUACAGCAUUGCAGAAUAUGGAUGUUUGCAUAUCACACUGCUGAAUAUGAUAAUAAUAAUGUUAAAUACUCCUAUCAUUACAUGUACAGUAUGUGUACAGUUUGAGGUAGCUUGCAGGGUGUGUCAAUAUAACAUUUUACCA